AUGGCGACCUUCUUCCAGAGUGUCCGCCAAGGAUUUGGUCGGGGAGGGAACAACAAGAGCAACAAUCCACCUAAGACCCCAGCACAGUCUUCGGCUCCUCAACAUCAAGCUACCAUGUCGAACACCCCCUCGAUCGCGUCCGCUCUUUCAGUGGAGAACACAGGCAACAACGAGUCCGAGGGAGCUAAGUACUUCUUUCAGGAGAAGUAUGCCCCGCUGAACGUGAAGGGCAACUUCUUGACCCUCUGUGCUUGCCCGAAGAAUGUGGAGCUGGGUGAAUGGCUGGCUCACCAGAUCGUUGAACAAUAUCGUCUACUUCAGACCAUGCUCCAGGUUAUUCAGGAGGUGAACGGCAAUACCGGUCUUCCUAUUUGCAAUGAAAACACUUGUCCGACAAUGUCUGCUGGCCGGCUGACCUACACCUGGCUUGUCGAUGGCCGCACUGCCAGGAUCUCCGCCCCAAAGUUCAUCAACCGUGUCGAGAAAUGGGUUGUGAGCAAGAUCUACGACCCUGUUAUGUUCCCCACCGAGAACGUCAGGGGCAUCCCUGAGACCGCUUCCAUCAAAGAAGCCAACGGUGCAUCAGCAGCCCCUUCAGACCCCAGCAACCCGGAUGAGUGGAUCGGAAAGUCCAGUGGCUUCCCGAAAACCUUCUAUAAGGACUGCCAGGGAAUCAUGAAGCAGAUGUUCCGCUGCUACGCUCAUCUGUACCAUGCUCAUUGGCUCAACCCUUUCUGGCACAUCAAUAAGCACGACGUCCUGAACAUGUGCUUCGUUCACUUUGUGACCGUCUCCAAGUACUACGGGCUUGUGUCCGACAAGGAGAUGGAACCUAUGCAGCCCUUGAUUGAUAUGUUCAUCAAGCAGCAGCGGAUUCCCCCUGAGGCGUUGAACGGCGGCCACUGGGCUCCAGCAGAGGCUGCUACUGCCACUUCUUAA